AUGUUGUUGAUUAAACGUGGACAGUUCAACGAAGUCCAAGAUCUCGAUGAGAUCCUUCUUGAUAAAAAAAAAACUACUGCUGUCGAAAAAGCAUCAAUUUAUUACCAACUCGGCUGGCAGAUUCUUUCGCCAACACGUGUUAAUUUGGCUGCUUCUUAUAACAACAUCGGCUUAGUCUAUGGCAAGAUAGGUGACUAUCUAAAUGCGCUUUUAUCGUAUCAAAGGGCACUGGAAAUCUAUCUGAAGACUCUCCCUUCAAAACAUUCUGAUUUAGCUACAUUUUACAACAACAUUGGUUCAGUGUAUGAUAAGAUAGGUGACGACUCAAAUUCACUUUCAUCACAUAAUAAAGCACUGGAAAUUCGUCAAAAAACUCUUCCUUUGAGUCAUCCUCAUUUAGCUACUUCUUACAACAAUAUUGCUGUGGUGUAUGCCAAAAUGAAUGACUACUCGAAUGCACUUCUAUAUUAUCAAGAAGCAUUGGCCAUCGACGAAAAUAAUCUUUCGUCAAAUUCUUCUGAUUCUUAUCUAAACAUUGGAAUGUUCUUUUCUAAGACUGGUGAACAUUCAGAAGCUGUUCGAUAUUGUGAAAAAGUUCUUGAAAUAGCAGAAUACUCACUGCAAGGAAAUCAUAGACGUAUUCAAGUGUUUAGAAAUGCACUGAAAUAUGAAAAGAAAAAAUGUAAAUAA